GAAAUCUUCGUUUAUUGACACUUGACAUUUAUUAAAUGACAUUUUCCUUAAAAUGUACCUUUUUGUCGCGUAAAUUUCGAUGUGUUAUUAAAAAUGGGGAAUAAGAAGCCUCCGAGCAAGCAGAUGAAAUCCGGCAGGAUAACUAAGAAUCCUUACUUGAAUUUUAUGAGGGACUUUCGCAGAAAUCAUGGAGGUAUGAAUAUCAUCGAUUUGACCAAGCAAGGGGCUGAGAUGUGGCGGAAUAUGACGGAAAAACAGAAGGCGCCCUAUUUCGCCCAGGCAAAGCAGGCGCCCAGAAGAUACAACAGGCACAAAAGGAGGAGGAGACACAGGAGCUACUCAUCGUCAGACGAAGAAAAACCACGAAGACACAAACGGAGGAAACCGUCGAGGAGGAUAGAAAAGGAAAAUUCGCCGCCCAUUAAAGAAAACCCAGAACCGCAAGAAAGAGACGAACUUGAAACUACCGAAAACAAUUUGUAGUGUACGUUUUUAAUGCAAAUAAAUUAUUUAUAGUGUUGUCCAAAAU